GCUCUUUAUUUUAUCUUCACUAUGCCCGUGUUUCUCUUUUCUCCCUCGCCAUGGAAGGAUCGAUCGAUUGCCCGGUGCUGCGAGUGGCGCAGGAUGGAUCGGGUCAGUACUGCACAGUCCAGGAUGCGAUCGAUGCGGUGCCGCUGUGCAACAGGCAGCGCAUUGUCAUCCAAGUCGCGCCUGGAUUCUAUCGCCAGCCGAUCUAUGUGCCGAAAUCCAAGAAUCUCAUCACUCUGCUCGGUAGCUGCGCUGAAUCCACGAUUCUCAGCUGGGGGAAUUGUGCUACUUCCAUCGAUCACCACAAGGCAUCUCGAGUGAUUGGGACUGGAACCUUUGGCUGUGGCACUGUGAUCGUGGAGGGCGAGGAUUUCAUAGCACAAGGCAUCACGUUUGAGAAUUCUUCACCCAAGGGCUCUGGCCAAGCAGUGGCAAUCCGUGUCACCGCCGACAGAUGUGCGUUUUACAGUUGCCGCUUUCUUGGAUGGCAGGACACGGCCUAUCUUCACUAUGGACGGCAGUACUUCCGGGACUGCUACAUUGAAGGGAGCUGCGACUUUAUCUUUGGAAACGCGACCGCGCUGCUAGAGCACUGCCACAUCCACUGCAAAUCCAGCGGCUACAUCACCGCACAGCAGCGAAAGAGCGCGACCGAGACCACCGGCUACGUCUUCCUGAGGUGUGUGAUCACCGGAGCCGGGAGCAAAUCGCCAUACAUGUACCUGGGCCGCCCCUGGGCUCCAUACGCGAGAGUCGUGUUCGCUUACACCUGGAUGGACGCUUGCAUCAUGCCAGUCGGCUGGAACAACUGGAACAAUCCGGACAACGAGAAGACUGCCGCCUUCUACGAAUACAGGUGUUCCGGCCCCGGGAGUACGCUGCUCAACCGCGUGGUAUGGGCCGGGCAUGUCAAAGAUGGAGACGUGGAGCAGCUACUCACUCCAAAGUUUAUCGAUGCCCAGGAGAACUGGCUCCGCUGGGACAAAGCCAAGGGCCCGUUCAUUCCAAUACCUCUAUCAGCCAAGAUUGGUUAGAAAAAGAAAACAUCAACCUUGUUGUUGUAAUUAUAUACAAAAGUUCUACUAUAAUACCUUUGAAUUGUGGUGACCUUUUUUGGUAA